AUGCCUGCCAGGCACUGCCCAUCCUCUUGCCCCCUGCAUCUGUUUGUGCCCCGAGUCCAUCCAUACCCCAGCAGCACCACAGAGGCGCCAGCAGCCCAGCCCAUGGCCUUUGUGCUGGAUGCCUGGCACUGGGCUAUCAGGGACAUGCUGAACACCUCCACACACCCUGCAAGGGCUGAUACCAGUCCAAAGUCCCUCCCCAGAUCUGCUAGAAAUGCAGACACUGCCAGCGGUGCUGGGCUACCGGAUCUCACCAUGCAGCUCCCGGCGCUCCUCAUCCUCUGCCUGGGCCUUCGGGCAGAGCUCAGCACUGCUGUCAUCCCAGUGGAGGAGGAGGAUCCAGCCUUCUGGAACAGGCAGGCAGCCGCAGCCAUUGAGGCCUCCUUCAAGCUGCAGCCCAGGGUAACCGAAGCCAAAAACCUCAUCAUUUUCCUUGGAGAUGGAUUCGGGGUCCCCUCCAUCACGGCCACCCGCAUUCUAAACGGGCAGCAGCAGGGGAAGCUGGGCCCUGAGACCCCCCUCGCCCUGGAUUCUUUCCCCUAUGUGGCUCUCUCCAAGACGUACAGUGUGGACCGGAUUGUCUCUGACAGCGCAUCGACUUCCACAGCCUACCUCUGCGGGGUUAAGGGCAACUACCACACAGCGGGAGUGAGUGCAGCUGCCCGCCUCUCACAGUGCAACACCACGGCAGGCAAUGAGGUUGUCUCAGUGCUGGAGCGAGCCCGCAAAGCUGGGAAGGCGGUGGGCAUCGUGACGACAUCACGGGUGCAGCAUGCAUCGCCCUCGGGGGCCUAUGCCCAUGUGGUGGACCGCAACUGGUACGCGGAUGUCAGCAUACCCGAGGAGGCCCGUCUCCAAGGCUGCAAGGACAUCGCCUGGCAGAUGGUCCACAACGUUGACAUCAAUGUUAUCAUGGGGGGUGGUAGGAUAUACAUGACCCCUGCAGGGACGCCGGACCCCGAAUAUCCUACCUAUGAAACAGAGAAUGGGAUACGGGGGGACGGGAAAAACCUUAUCAACAUGUGGCUGGAGGCACGGCCGGGUGCCCGCUAUGUCUGGAACAGGACAGAGAUGCUGGCUGCAGCUGCUGACCCCAGCGUGACUUACUUGAUGGGUCUCUUUGAACCCAUGGAUAUGAAGUAUGACCUGGUGCGUAACACCACCUUGGACCCAUCGCUCACUGAAAUGACAGAGGCUGCCAUCACCAUCCUGAGCAGAAAUCCCAAAGGCUUCUACCUCUUUGUGGAAGGUGGCAGGAUUGACCACGGCCACCACGAAGGUGCAGCCCAGAAGGCACUGACGGAUGGGAUUGCAUUUGACCGGGCCAUCGACCGGGCAGGCGCCCUGACAGAUGAGGCGGACACCCUCACCGUGGUCACCGCUGACCACUCACACGUCUUCAGCUUUGGUGGCUACGCCUUGCGUGGUGCCUCCAUCUUCGGUCUGGCUCCAAGCAAAGCUGCUGACAAUAAGAGCUACACAGCCAUCCUCUAUGGGAACGGGCCAGGCUACGUGGGUGCUGUUCGGCCCAACGUGAAUGAAGCCACAGCCAGUGAGGGCACGGGGACCAUGGUCGGGUGGUGGGAUAGGGCUGUGGGCCACUGCUAUCCCCCUCACUCCCUCCUUUCCCCUCCCCAGAUGAAUUCGACUACGUGCAGCAGGCAGCUGUGCCCCUCAAGUCGGAGUCCCAUGGUGGUGAGGAUGUGGCCAUCCUGGCCAAGGGUCCCAUGGCCCACCUCUUCCACGGGGUGCAGGAGCAGACCUAUGUGGCCCAUGCCAUGGCUUACGCCGCCUGCCUCGAACCCUAUGUUGAUUGCCAGCAGCGGAACUCUGCCACUGGAGCCCAUACCACCUUCCUGGCCCUGCUCCUCCCCACUGUCCUCCUGCCCCUCUUCCAUUGACCCCACAGCCCUGCAUUCCCCCCUCCCUACUGCUGCAGCACCCACAGGUGGAUGGUAACUUCUUGGAGUAUCCCUGAUCUGGACAUGGCAGUCAUGAGGCACCAUAUCCAGGAA